AUGGGGAGCCGUCUACCCUCACUCCUGUUGCUGCCCCCGCCCCCGCACCCCCCGUCCCGCUUGGCUCUUAACACCGCAUACGAGCCUCCUCUUAAAGCUGCCAUCUCGAAGUUGAACAACGAGACAGCCGGGAAGGAUGGUGCAACGCUUAUUGUCGCCCCCGUAUUGCCGAUCCUUGCGGGUAGCUCGGCGCGGCAAAAGUCACUGUCUUGGUCCCACGCGCAAUCCGUCAUAGCCGGCUUGUACGGUGUCGUAUCCGCCAUCUGCGCUCAGCUAUCCAUCCCCACCGAUAUCCACGCGGGCCCGGGGUCCGUGGAUGUCCGCGUCGUUUUGGUCGACCGCGAACUACCGAAACCGGCUGCGACGGUUUCCAAGCCUGCAGUAGGGCCGAACAACACAGUAAUUAUCAACCUCGCCACCUUUGCCGCGGCUUAUCAUCCGUGGGAAUAUAUAUUCCACCCGAAUAACGAGCCUGGUUACGAGCUGCUCUCGAAUUACCUCAAAGUCCUGGAGGGUUUCCAGACGUUAAGGCAAUCUCAGCUCGUCGUAGUGGAAGGCGGCCUCUCUGUGACUACCCGGCCGCCUUCCCCGUCAGGAGCCCUCUCUCAUACUGCUCUUCGUGCUGUCGUCUGUUUAGGGGGCACCUUCGAUCAUCUUCACCUGGGACACAAACUGCUCUUGACUGCGGCUGCGAUGCUGCUGAAGGUCCCUAAAGAGGGCGCACCGAGCCCGUGCCAAUUCAUCAUCGGCGUCACUGGGGACGAGUUGUUGAAGAGAAAGAAAUACGCGGAAUACGUACAGCCUUGGGACGAGCGCGCAACAAACAUAAUAGAUUUCCUAUCUACUGUGCUUGACCUGUCUAGGAACGGUUGGGGAAAGGACAAGAGACAGCUUAGCCUUGAGAAACAAGGAGAGGUCGUUGCCGUGUUUCGGGAUGGUACAAUCGAGGUCCGUUGUGUCGUUAUUCAAGAUGCCUAUGGCCCCACGGUCACCACGGAAAACAUGGACGCCCUUGUUGUCUCAGCUGAGACAAGGGCUGGUGGCAACGCUGUGAACGAACGGCGAAAGGAACUCGGCUGGCGGCAGCUGGAGAUAUUUGAAGUUGACGUCCUUGAUGCCGGCGGGAUUGUGGAAAAGUCACCAGAAACGCAGGAUUUUACGACCAAGAUAAGCAGCACAGCUAUUCGGAAGCAGAAGGCCGAAUCGCUUGGCUAG